GGGAGGCAGCUCCGGCACGGCCGGGCGGUCCGGCAGAACAAAGCGGCGGUGGGUGAAGCCCCGGGACAGCGCCGAGGACGGCAGUCCCAGGGGAGCUGUCAGCCGGCACCCUCCCGCCCCGCCGACCCCUGCCCACCAACUUCCCGGCCCGGCCUCCCGGGGGCCGUGAGGAACGGGGAGACCCGCCCGCCCCCGCCCGGCCCGGGGCACCGGCCCCGCCGCCGCUCCGAGGACUCGGGGAAACUUAGGGGUCGGCCGGGGGCUGCGGGCCGGAGCCGGGACACCCCCUCCCUCGCCCCGCCGCCCCCAGCGAGUGGCUCACCAGGUCCCUCCUGCGCCUUUGUCCUCUUCUAGCGCCGAGACGGGGAGAAACAGAAGAGACGGAGGAGGAACCCCCGGCCCCUCCAGCUCCCUCAGUGGGUACCAGCCCGACCGGGAGGGCACUGCAGCCCCCAGACCAGCCGGGGCAAGUCUGAAAUGAAGGCUCGAACACGAACACCAAAUUCCCACCCAGGCCUGAUGCACGACAAAGAUGGAGGAGAGACAGCGACGAUUCACAUGCCAGGAGGCUGGAGCAGUAAUGAAAAAUCUCAGAAGGAUGCCAGCAACUGGGCAGGGUGGGGGUGGGAGAAUGAAGCAAAAUAAAACAAUUAGGAAGGUGGUAAUUACCAGUCUAAUGAGAUAUCAGGUUGAAUCCUAAAAGCACCAAGAUUCUUUCAUAGCAAGAUGUAGCUGCUGCAGUAUUCAUCCUCUGGGGUAUUCUCGCGGACAAAACAUUUCCUUUCCCGCAAGACCUACGGAAAUUUGACAGGAAAAGAGGCUGAGUGGUGCAGCCUGUGUCUUUGAAACUGCCCAGUGCUCUUAUCACCUGACCCGUGAUCUUGCAGAAACGCCCCAAAAAGCAGCUUUAUUUGGAGGAUGAACGGGCUGCUUGGGUCUUCUGAGGACACAGAGACUCCAGUUGUCCAUAUUUGAGAAAAUCGUGGCAAGGAGAGCCGGAGGGAGGGAGUGCGCCCAACUUGGACGUGUGGGCACGUCAGCCCCAGGCCACUGCUUGGAAAGGUAGGAGAUCGGGACCGGACCCCAGUCCAGGGAGCUGCUCGCGUCUCCCCUGAGCUCCCUGCAGCCCCUCUCACCGCUCCCACGGACAUCCUUCCUCGGUGUGCCUGGAGCCUCUCCAACCUCUCCUCUGCACGCACCCCCAAGCCCAUCACUGGGGAGGCAGCUGCACCCCCAGCCCUCCAAUCACCCCCCUGUCCCCAGCCCUACUGUGCCCCAUCACCAGGACCCCUCUCCCUGACACAUCCUUUGGGGUCCCACUAACUCCCCGUCUGCUCGAACUGCAUCUGGGGACCACAACCCACCUCCAGCCAUGGAGCUGAACCACACGUCCCCACCUCCCACAUCACCUGUGCGACAGACCGGUGGAGACGACCCGUGCAGGAUAGACGUCACCUACGUGGCCAUAGACAGUGUCACGCUGAUCAUCUGCCUCUGUGGGCUGCUGGGGAACGGCGCCGUCCUCUGGCUCCUCGGCUUCCGCAUCCGCAGGAAUCCCAUCACCGUCUACAUCCUUAACCUGGCCGUCGCUGACUUCACCUUCAUCCUCUUCUUAGCUGCCUCGGCACUCCUCUACAUCGUGGAGGAUGUCUUCUGCUCCCCUGAUGUCCUGAAGUACCAGAGGUUGCUUCUCCUGUCCUCACUCUUCUCCUACAACAUGGGCCUAUACCUCCUGACGGCCAUCAGCAUCGAGAGGUGUUUGUCCGUCCUCUGUCCGCUCUGGUACCGCUGCCGCCGCCCCCAGCACUUGUCGGUCAUGGUGUGUGCCCUGCUCUGGGCCCUCUCCAUCACUGUCAUUGCUACAGUGACUACUCUGUGCCUGUUGCAUGAGCACGAGCACUGCCAGAAGGCUCUCAUCUCCAUGUACGUCCUCAACUUCCUUAUCUUUGCACCACCCAUGGUCAUUUCCAAUGUGAUCCUUUUCAUUAAGGUCCUGUGUGGCUCCCAGCAACGUCAACCAUUGAGGCUCUACAUCGUUAUCUUCCUCACCGUCCUCUUCUUUCUCAUGUUUGGGGUUCCCCUCAGCAUCUGGCAUUUCCUGAAGCAGGUCAACUACAACAACACCACCAUGCCAUCCCAGAUAUUUUACCUGCUCGCCUGCAUCAACAGCAGCAUCAACCCCUUCAUCUACUUUUUGGUUGGGAGCUGCCGGAGGCACUGCUCCUUGGUGUCCCUCCAGGUCGCCUUCAGGAGGGUCUUUGAAGAGACGGGGGUCACCACGAUCUCCAGCUAAGAGGCCACUUUGGUCACACUGGCCGUGCUGCCCACCCUGGCUUCAUGCUCAGCUGCCCACCCUUACCCCUAGCUGGGCCUGCAGGAUGACCUGUGGCUGUGUUCUGGGAUGAAUCCCAUCCCCACCCCUGUCUCAUCCUCAUCCCAUCCCCAUCCCUGUCCCAUCCCCACCCCUGUCUCAUCCUCAUCCCAUCCCCAUCCCUGUCCCAUCCCCACCCCGUCUCAUCCCAUCCCAUCCCUGUUCCAUCCCUAUCCCCAUCCCCGUCUCAUCCCCAUCCCAUCCCACCCCAGUCCAGCGCAGCCCAGCCCAGCCCCGCCCGCACCCCGUCCCGCUCUCUCCCGCAGGGCGCCCGCCCGGGCGGCCUCUCCCCGGCUCCGAGCUCGGAGCGCUGGGCUUUGCUGCCCUCCAGCGAGGGAAGAGGAGAUGGGAGACCUCCAGAAACCCCCUCCCCGGGGCCCGCCCGCCCCGCCCGCCCCUCCUGCCCCAGGGGAAGGGGCUCUGCGGGGCUCGGUGCGGGGGCUCCGGCAAACGGUCCCAGCCGGCCCCGCUCCCCCUGCCCCGGUUCGGGCAUCGCCUGCGGGAAGCCCCGGCAAAGCCUCUGCUCCUGCCGCGGGGCUGCGCUGCCCUCCCGGCCCCGGCCCCCUCCUCCCGCCCCAAUAAACGAU